AUGACUGCGGUUGAAGUGAGUGACGAGGAUCUGCAAUAUGGAAUGACACUGCUGAUAUAUCUCAGAAGCAAAUUACGACUGACCGGAAGUAAAAAUGCCUGUAAUCAAGGAGUAUGCGGUGCUUGUUCAGUCAUUUUGUCCAAAUUUGACCACCACACACAGAAACUAAGACAUGUGACUGUGAAUGCGUGUAUCACCCCGCUGUAUUAUGUCCACGGAUGUGCCAUUACCACUGUGGAAGGCAUAGGUACAGCACGCGAUGGACUACAUCCUCUCCAGAAAAAUUUGGUACAAAGUCACGGAAUACAGUGUGGCUUCUGUACUCCUGGAAUGGUUAUCUCCCUUUGUUGCCUACUGCGGAACAACCCCAAACCCACCCAGGAUGACGUAGAGAGAGCUAUCGAAGGAAAUCUGUGUAGAUGCACCGGUUAUCGUUCUAUUCUGGACUCCAUGAAUACUUUUGUCGAUUGCCCAAUGGGAGAAGAUUGCUGCAAAAGGGAUAUUAAGAAAUCGGAAACGAAGGAAGUUGUCUCCGAAUACCAGACUGCUGAUCCUACGCAGACCGCUAUUUUCCCGCCGGAACUGAAGAAAUGGCAGCCUGAUGACCAACUUUGGAUGACAUUUGGACGUACGACUUGGAUUGUCCCCACUAAUCUGAAACAACUACAAAGAGCUUGGUCAGAUAACCCUGGCGCUCGGUUUGUUGCGGGGGCCACAGCUCUUGGAAAAUUGGUAAAAGAAUAUGAGGAAGAGAACCUUUGCUUUAUUAGUUGUCAUGGAGUUGAGGAGCUGCAGAACAUAUCACUCAGCCACAUGGGAAUAGAUGUUGGUGCCGCUGCCACCUUUACAAUGAUGGAAGAUUUUUUCAAAACUUCAAAGCAAUCAAUCACAGAGACGGGGAAACUGUUCAUUCUGCAGGCGUUUUUAGAUUGUAUUCGAUGGCUGGCCGUUGACCAGAUUCGCAAUGUUGCAACUAUCGGUGGUUACGUGGCUUGUCGAGCUUUGAAUUUGGACAUGAUCGCUCUUUUGAUAGCAAUGGAUGCCACUGUAAAUUUGAUGGACAGCACAGGAACAUGUCACAAUAUGAAAUUAGAGAAUUAUCUAUCAGAUGAUCAAAACGCAAAAGAGCUUGUACUGAAAGUCCAUAUUCCUUUCAAUAAUAAGUACCAGUAUGUUAGUUUCCAAAAACAUCCGCAAAGACGGGGUGACGGUUUUAAUGGUGUCAGUGCAGCCAUGACGGUAGAUAACGAGACAGAUGACAGCAUGGGGCACUUCACUGCAUGUUUCGGUGGACUUACUCGAAAUACAGUCAAAAUAGAUACUCCCUCUGAUUUAUUUAAGAGCCUCUCUUUUGAGAAACUAGAGGGCGUUCUGAGAAAUAGACUGUCUGAGGAGAAAGGAGAGGUGAAGGAGGAACUUCUGGUGGUCUCCCUUGGCUUUAUAAGGAAAUUUCAGGAUUUAGUCAAUGAAGAAGGGUCAUUUAAGGAGCUCCCUGGCCAUAUAGAUCCGGAGCCACGCCGGUUUAACAUUGUCUUCGAUGACGCACCCGCUGAACAGCCACCGACAGAUCCAGUGUGGCGACCGAUACCCCAAACCACUGCUGAGGAUUUGGUGGCGGGACAGGCCAUGUUUAUUGACGACAUGCCAUCGUAUCAGAACGAGCUCCAUCUCUGCCUGGUCCUUAGCAACAAGGCACGGGCAAAGAUUGUCAGUGUAGACUGGUCGGGUGCUCAAAGUUUUCCGGGAGUGGUAGAUUGUAUUGACCACACAGCUAUCCCUGAAACUAACAAGUGGGGCCUUAUGGCCUGUGAUGAGGAAAUGUUCGCAUCCAGUGAGGUGGUUUACUAUGGACAGCCUGUGGGUGCAGUCAUUGCAAAAUCUCCUGAACAGGCAGCUAGCGCUGCAGAAAAGGUCAAGAUUGAGUACGAUGAGAUGAAACCGAUUCUAACUAUUGAGGAUGCAAUCAGAUCUGAUUCUUUCAUCGAUACAACGAUUUCGAGAGUACGUGGAGAGGCGUCCAAAACCUUUCCAGACUGCGACAAGACUUUGGAGGGUACAAUAUGCACAGGUGCUCAGGAACAUUUUUAUAUGGAGACUAUUGGUGCCAUUUGUAUACCUAAAAAAGAGCAGAAUGAGAUAGAGAUAUUCGUUACACACCAAGGUCCUACGUUUAUACAGAGUUCCAUCGCGACAUGUUUACAGAUACCCUGUAACAGAGUCAUUGUUCGUCACAAAAGAACAGGAGGUGCAUUUGGAGGGAAAGAAACUCAGCCUGUGAAGAUCUGUGUUCCAGUGGCACUGGCGGCCCAUAGGAACAAUUGUCCAGUUCGUGGUGUGUUGACCAGAAAGCAGGACCUGGCCAUCACAGGAAAGCGUCAUCCGUAUCAGUUUCAUUAUAAGGUUGGAUGCAAUAAGGACUGCCGAAUACAAUGUCUGGAUGUAAAAGUGUACUCUGAUGCUGGAUGUUCUCGGGACACGUCCCCCGAGGUGAUGAAUUGUACCGUGGAUUACAUAGAAGGGUGUUGCGCCAUACCAAAUGUCACUAUUGAAGGUCGAAUCUGUAGAACAAAUACAGUCUCUAACGGUUCAUUUAGAGGAUUCGGAAUCCCACAGGGGUGUGUAGCUAUGGAAACGGUCAUUGAUCACAUUGCACAUACCCUGAAUGUGUCAUCCAAACAUAUCCAGGAAAUGAAUUUUGCCAAGACAGGUUUUGUACCAUUUACCAAACUUCCCAUUGAAGACGAAACAAUGUUAAAAUCAUGGGCCCAAUGUCAGAAGCAGGCCAACUACUCCCAAAAAGAUGCCGAUGUCAUGGCAUUUAAUGAGAAAUACAAACAGAAAAAGAGAGGUCUUGCGAUGAUGCCUUUAAGAUUCCAAAUAGGUUUCCCUGCUCCUCUUCUGAAUCAGGGUAAUGCUUUAGUGCACGUGUACCUGGAUGGUUCCGUUAGUCUGUCACAUGGAGGCUGUGAAAUAGGACAAGGUCUGAACAUGAAACUUUUGCAGAUUGCCUCUCGAGCUCUUGGAGUUCCUUUGAGUAAGAUCUACACGAGUGAGAAUUCAACACAGACAAUUGCCAAUGCUGUUAUAACUAUGGGAAGUAGUACCACGGAUGUCAUAGGAACAGCUGUGUUGAAUGCAUGUACCGAGUUACUAAGCCGACUGCAGCCAGUGAAAGAGAGGAAACCAAAUGCAUCAUGGGAAGAAAUAAUCAGAGAUGCGUACUUUAACAGAAUAAGCUUGUCUGUCAUGGCUCAUGGAAGACCUGGAGAUGGUGGGAUAUUCUACUAUACAUAUGGUGCUGCUUGCUCAGUGGUGGAAGUUGACUGCUUGACAGGAGAACAUCAGGUGUUAAGCACAGAUAUUGUAAUGGAUGUUGGAAGAAGCUUAAAUCCAGGAAUAGAUGUCGGCCAGAUUGAAGGGGGUUUUCUACAGGGAUAUGGAAUGGUAGCCUUUGAGGAAUGGAAAGUGAAGGAAAAUGGAGAAAGUCCUACCAGCUACAGAAUCCCUGAUGUUCGAUCUCUACCACGUGACUUUAACGUGACUCUUCUCAGCAACUGUCCAAAAAAGACGAUGGUCUACUCCUCAAAGGGAAUUGGAGAACCUCCUCUGCUGCUAGCUGUAACUGUACAUAAAGCAAUCAGGUCAGCCAUACUAGCAGCAAGAAAAGACAUGGGUCUGACUGACUUCAUCCAACUGGACUGUCCAGUAACUCCAACCAAAGUGCUAGAGGCCUGUCAUAAAAAAGUGCCUAUUUGACAUAACCAACCAGUGUCUAUAUGAAGAAAGCAUAUUGGGGCAAAAUGAUGUACCUUGGAUACAGAAAAAAAAAAUUAUAAGCAUACAUUUAUGUAUAAUCAGUUUAUAACCAAAAUAAUGAGAUGAAAUAUGAUUGGUAUUGGUGAUAAUGUGAAUAUCUGAAAUAUUAACAAAAUGCAAAUAUUCUCAAGUGCCAUAUUUGUCAUACAAAGCCCUCACCCAGCCAAUGACAUUACAUACAUUCAACAAAAGUUUGUGUUACUUAUGGAAUUCAAAACAAAUUCUUUGAGAUGUGUUGUGUGUUGAAAUAUAUUGAUCAGAUGGAAUGUUAUAAAAAUUAAUACAAUCUUUAUAUUUUUUUUUUUUUUUUUUGUGUAAUCUUUAUGAUAUUUGAAAAAUAAAUUUUCUGCAAAGUU